AUGACGCCCCAGGACCCUCCCCGUGCCCAGCACCGUCCCGUCCCCACCCCCGCCCCAUCCCCGGCGCUUUCCCCGCCCGCCCCGUCCGGCGGAGCCCCGGGGGCGGGGGCCAGGUACGGCGGGGCGGGCCGGCCGGCCGGGGGAGGGCCCGCGGGCGGCGGCGGGCAGCUAAAGGCAGGUGCUGGCCCCGAGAGCCGCCCCGGGCUGGCUCGGGGGUCCCGCGGCGGCCGGGGCCAUGCGAGGGGCGGCGGCCUGAGCGGGGCGGCCAUGGCCGGGGCGGCGGCGGCGGGCGGGGAGCGGCGGGCGGCGCUGACGGCGGUGCGGACCGAGGGCUCGGGGGGGACCCCCGGGGCGGGCAGCGGGACCCUCCCCCCCCUGCCGCCGCCGCCGCCGCCCCCUCCCCGCCGCCGGGGGCUCGGGGCCGCCCCCCGCCCCGCCGGGGCCCCGCGCUGCUGCCGCCGCCGCCUGCAGAACUGCCUGUACAACGUGCUGGAGCGGCCCCGCGGCUGGGCGUUCAUCUACCACGUCUUCAUAUUCCUCCUCGUCUUCAGCUGCCUGGUGCUGUCGGUCUUCUCCACCAUCCAGGAGCACCAGAAAUUGGCCAACGAGUGCCUCUUCAUCCUGGAGUUUGUGAUGAUCGUGGUGUUCGGCAUGGAGUACAUCAUCCGCGUGUGGGCCGCUGGCUGCUGCUGCCGCUACCGCGGCUGGCGCGGGCGCUUCCGCUUCGCCAGGAAACCCUUCUGCGUGAUAGAUUUCAUCGUCUUCAUCGCCUCGGUGGCCGUCAUCGCCGCGGGCACGCAGGGCAACAUCUUUGCCACGUCGGCGCUGCGCAGCAUGCGCUUCCUGCAGAUCCUGCGCAUGGUGCGCAUGGACCGCCGUGGUGGCACCUGGAAGCUGCUGGGCUCCGUCGUCUACGCCCACAGCAAGGAGCUCAUCACCGCCUGGUACAUCGGCUUCCUGGUGCUCAUCUUCGCCUCCUUCCUCGUCUACCUGGCCGAGAAGGACGCCAACGUGCAGUUCGCCACCUACGCCGAUUCCCUGUGGUGGGGCACGGCCCCCCGCUGCUGUGCCCCUGGGCAGGUCACCCUGACCACCAUUGGCUACGGGGACAAAGCGCCGCAGACGUGGCUGGGCCGGAUGCUGGCAGCCGGAUUCGCCCUGCUCGGCAUCUCCUUCUUCGCCCUGCCCGCUGGGAUCCUGGGCUCCGGAUUCGCCCUCAAGGUGCAGGAGCAGCAUCGGCAGAAGCACUUUGAGAAGAGGAGGACUCCAGCUGCCAACCUGAUCCAGGCUGCCUGGCGCCUGUACUCCACCGAUGCCAGCCGGGGGUACCUGACGGCCACCUGGUGUUACUACGACAGCCUCCUGCCCGCCUUCAGCAAUAGGAUGGGCAUCAAGGAGCGGAUGCGGCUGAGCAGCUCUCAGCGCCAGGGCAGCCGCGGCCGCCAGCAGCAGCAGCAGCACCUGGGGCCGCCCCUGCACCGCUCCCCCAGCCCCGAGGACGUGGCCGAAGCCUCCAGCCCCAGCAAGGUGCAGAAAAGCUGGAGCUUCAAUGACCGCACGAGGUUCCGAGCAUCGCUGAGGCUCAAACCGCGGACACCCACUGAGGCCGACUGCCCACCAGAGGACAGUGGUGAGGAGAGGAGCUCCCCCUGCGAGCUGACCUUCGAGGACAUCAUGCCGGCAGUGAAGACCCUGAUCCGGGCUGUCAGGAUCCUGAAGUUCCUGGUGGCCAAGAGGAAGUUCAAGGAGACCUUGCGUCCCUACGAUGUCAAGGACGUCAUCGAGCAGUACUCGGCCGGACACCUGGACAUGCUGGGCAGGAUCAAGAGCCUGCAGACGCGCGUGGACCAGAUCGUGGGCAGGGACCGGGCACUCCCGGCAGACAAGAAGGUUCGGGAGAAGGGCGAGAAGCCGGCGCUGGAGGCGGAGCUGGUGGACGAGCUCAGCAUGAUGGGGCGCGUGGUCAAAGUGGAGCGGCAGGUGCAAUCCAUCGAGCACAAGCUGGACCUGCUGCUCGGCCUCUACUCGCAGUGCCUGCGCAAGGGCUCCAGCAACUCCUUCAGCCUGGCCGCGGUGCGGGCGCCUCCCGGCGAGCCCGACGUCACCUCGGACUAUCACAGCCCCGCGGAGCACGAGGACAUCUCGGCGUCCGCGCAGACCCUCAGCAGCUCCAGGUCGGCCAGCGCCAACAUGGACUGAGCAGGAGACGGCG